AAAAAAAUAAUGAAAAAAUAAAAUUAAAGUUCGAAAAACUAAGUGGACUAAUUUUGAACCAAGUUACCGACUAUAAAAUACGAUGCUAUAAAUAAAGUGCUCCAAAUAGUAAAGUCGCUUUAUCCCGGUAAUACUACUAAUAUCUAAAGUUGGGUUAGGUUAGGUUAGAACAUAAAUAUUCAUGUAUCCUCUCAGUUUUUAUUUGUUGUAUUUUAGUAAGCCUUAUUCCGUUAUUGCCACUAAAUAAAAUUCUACCCAUUUCAAUGUACCAAGGUUGUAAAUUAUUGGCAUGUACAGGAAAGAAGAGGUCAAUACUUCUUCUUCUUCUUCUUCCGAAGAUGAAGAAUUGCCUUCUGACCAAGACGAGAGUGACCAAGCAGAGCCUAAAGGAUGGACUGCAGCGAGUUUCCUGCAGACGUUCCCAUUUACCAAAAUAGCCCAUUUCAACAUUGGUCCAGCUGAGUCCUCUAUCGAUUUUUUCAAUUAAUUUUUUAACUCCACAUUUAUGUCAAUGAUGGUUACCAGCAUUAAUUCUCAUGCCUUACGCAUAUUAUUAGAGAGCAACUUUAAAUUAGAAAGAUACGAAUGCUGAUGAACUCCGUGUUUUCUUGGCAAUUCUGUUUCAUAUGGGCCAUAUACCAUUAGCCGGGUCCCCACCAAACGAUCCACCGCGCUCCGAUCGCGCGCGGCUGGAGCGCGAUCCAAAUGUGCAGGCGGUGUGGACGUGCAAACCAAUAGAAGACCUAAAGAAAAAAAUGCGGUCUCUGGCGGGAGGCUACAGAAGGGAAAAAUUCAGAGAGAAACAAAGCCGUAUAACUGGAUCAGGUGCUCAAGAUACGUAUAAAUCCAAGUGGUUUGCGUAUGAUGACUUCGACUUUAUGGCGGAUAAAAAUGAACCCGGUAUCACUCGCGAUACUUUGGAACAUGAAGAAUCUGAUACGACGGAACGGGAACUUGAAGUAAAUGCUACAGUGAGCGAAAACGAGAACAGUAGCAUUAUUAGUAGUGACACACAACCGGAAGGAGCCAACCACCACACAGAUCAGAGUAGAGAGCAGAAUGAUCAGAGUGUACAAUUCAAUGUACAAACAACAAGCAAACGAACAAAAAAAAGAAAGAAAACUUCUUCUAAUAAUGCAGAUGAAAUAUCAGAUGAAACUCUUUCAGAAGCUUUCCAACUUCUGCAACAAUGUGCACAGCCAUCACAACCAGACACAGAUUCUUACAUCACUUUCGGACAGUAUAUGUCUACUGAAUUGCGGAAAUAUGAUCCAGUAACAUUAGCUUAUGUCAAAAAUGCUAUAUGCCAAGUUAUUUUUCAAGCUGACACAGGAAGAUACGGAGAUAGAAAUUAUGGAUAUUAUACUAAUUCAUAUCCUGGCACACCUUCAGCCUUAACUUCAUCACACACUCAGUCCCCUCAUCCUCAGGAUUUUCCACUUCCAUCUCCACAGUCAUCAUCAACUGCUCAUCUAGCCUCCACUUCAUCACACACUCAGUCCCCUCCUCCUCAGGAUUUUCCACUUCCAUCUCCACAGUCAUCAUCAACUGCUCAUCUAGCCUCCACUUCAUCACACACUCAGUCCCCUCAUCCUCAGGAUUUUCCACUUCCACAGGCAUCACCAUCUGCUCAUCUAGCCUCUACUUCAUCGCAGUCCCAGUCUCAACCACCUCAGUCAAUGAUUGCUUCACAAACUUCAGGGAUAAUUUUCGAUAUAGACUGUUUGGAAAUGCGGAAGAGAUACUGCAAACUGACGUACGAAUCUCCAGUUGCUAAAAAUCUCAAUGAAGACGAAAACACUACGCCAAGCGAAUGGGUGCCGUCCUGUAGCUCCGACGGCGGUAGCGGUACAGGCAGCACCUGCCUGACAGAGCUUCUGCCAGAAGCCAUCGCUGGCAUCUCUGUGCCAUUGUUAAGCACCGGCAAACUGGAGCCAGCUGCAGUCAAGAGGCCAAUUGGUGCAGCGGAUUUCACGGAUGCCGCAUGA